CGUUGCUUUUAUGUUUCCGGUCUCUCAAGUUUAUUAGAAGAAUUGGAUUGUGUAGUUUUUUUUGAUUAUUUCAGUUAAUUUUUGCUUCAGUUUAUGAAUUAACAUUAGAUUUAAUUCUGUUACGUGAAAUCAUAACGUGUUUAUUAUAAAAAUAGUGUAAAGAAAUAAUAUAAUAUUUUAGUUACUCUACAACCGACAAACGUUUCAAAAAUGACGAUCGGGAAAAACAAUAAAAUGCUUCAGCAUAUUAACUAUAGGGUUAGAAUCAUUCUUCAGGAUUCAAGAACCUUUAUAGGAACAUUUAAGGCGUUUGAUAAGCAUAUGAAUCUUAUUCUUGGAGAUUGUGAAGAAUUUCGUAAAAUUAAACCGAAGAAUACAAAACAACCUGAAACUGAACAAAAACGCGUUUUAGGUUUUGUACUUUUGAGAGGAGAAAAUAUUGUUUCUCUUACUGUAGAAGGUCCUCCACCUCCGGAGGAAGGAUUGCCUAGAGUUCCUAUUCCAGGCGCUGCACCAGGUCCUGGUAUAGGACGACCUGCUGGUCGUGGCAUGCCUGCGAGUAUUGCAGGAGUACCUGCAGGUUUACAAGGACCGGUUAGAGGCAUUGGUGGUCCAUCGCAACAAAUAAUGACACCUGGUGGUAGAGGUCAAGUUUCAGCACCACCGCAAAUGCAUCCAGGUGGUCCUCCACGUAUGCCUGUAAGUGGACCACCACCUGGUAUGAUGGGACCACCACCAGGGAUGAUGGGAAUGCCACCUGGAAUGCCACCAAUGGGAAGAGGCGGCCCACCAAUGGGACCACCAGGAAUGCGUGGCCCACCACCUGCAUAUUGAUCUUAUGAUAUUUGAGGAUGGACAUUCCAGAGUGCAACAAAUGUUUCGGGAAGCACUGCUGCUAUAGUUUUAUGCAUGGCAUAUGGCAGGUUCUUGCAACCAAAAUUUAAUAUAAGAUGUACUAUUAAGAUCACACACACAAGAAUUCUACUUCGUCUGAUAUAAUUAUGUGAAUAUGAAAUAUAUGGUUACUUUUAAAAACGUAUCUAUGUUCAUGUGUGCUCUUAGAUCAUGUAUCAACUACAAUAUAUAAAAUAAUCACAACCAAUUUGUUUUUAUAAUAAUAAUAAUAAUAAUAAUAGUGACGAUAUAAUAACAAUAAAAUAAUAAUUAUACUAAAAAAC